AUGCCCCUCCCUCCGUCUCCCCUGAAACUGGCUCACCGCUACCCCUCCAACAUGGACGACUCUCCAAUAUCUCCAGGGGCCCCAGGAGUCAACGUCUUUGCCCCUGAAAGCCCCACGGAGCCUCAAACACCCCGACUCUCGGCACCACAUUCCCCGGUCACAUCGCGCCAAAACAUGAACGGCAUGAAUGGGUCCCAUCGGGAGUCGGUAGAUUUCUCUGCUGACGCAGGCGGCGGUGGGCUGGGGAACCUUGCCGAUGAAUUAGCAGACGCAUGGGAACAGGAGGAAGAUGGGUAUGGAUAUGCUUCCGGGCAGGAAAACACGGCGGGGUCCCAACAAACGGAUCAGAGCGACGGCGAAGACGCAUAUCUACAGUCUGUUCGCGACAUGCGCUCCCAAUCACCGACAGACUCCCCGGCCAGAAACAAACUACGAGCCACCCAGAUUCGACAGCACCGGCGGCAAGAGUCCCAGUAUGAUGGCUCGGACUAUGGCAAUGAUUCAGAUCUGGAGGAGGCGGCCGAUCUCUCCCCCGCAUUGGAAAUCCAGAUGGCAGAUAUUGAGAGCCUUGCGCGGCGGGGUAUCGAGAACAAUGGCAGCGAGAACGACCAUGUCAUUCAAAGGACAGUAGAGUCGCUCAGAGAUCUAGGUGGACAGAGUGGAAUUGAGAACAGUGCCAUGCGGUUGAUCACUGCCCACUCCUCUAUUACAUCUCACCUCACUCACCAAACCCGUAUUCUGCAAUCCCUCAUCCACCCACUUCUAUUUUCACCGUUUCCUCUCCUCUCCGACGACGCCAUUGACUCACUUAUGCCUCUGAUUGACGAAGGCCUCUUGCCCAAUCUCCCCUAUCCUUUCCCCGAACAAAUCCAUCGGAACUCUAGACCAAAUACUCCAUCACAAACAUCCGCCCUCAACCCGCUUGUGUCUCUCCAAGCUCUCAUUUCGCAAACUUCAGACAUUACCCACUCCCUCCGCGGUCUAAGCGACACCCUCUAUGAAUCCCGCCAGCUGACUUCCACCGCGUCCCGUCGACUACGGUCCGCACGGGAACUCGUUUCCGAUAUCCGGCGCGAGGAAGAAAGCCGAGAGGAGGGUUCACGGUGGAUUGAAGUAGGCGAGUGGGAUCGUCGACUUCAAGAUCGCGAAGCUGGGAAGGAGUGUCGAGACGUUGUCAGUGGCUUUGAAGCUGUCUGCGGCGCAUGGCGUGAGAAGCUAUUUGGAGCUGCUGAGGUUGCUGCCGCAUAA